UAACUAGCUAAGUACCUUUGAGAUUUUUCCAAUUGAUCUGUUUUAUUGAUUUCAACUUUUCAGAGUUCCAUGUAUAAUUCAUCCUCGGGAUUCUGUUUUAGCGCGCGACAGAGUCUCAGGCAGACGGCAAUGGACUAUGCCAAGCAAACGACGCGAGCGCCAAAAAUGUUCCCACAACUCCUUAUCAUUGUGACUGUGAUUCUUUUCAACUGUAUUCAUCCAGGUGACGCCGCUGCCCCGAGUUCUCUCACACCAAACGUUACUGUACAAUCUGCAUAUUCAUCUGUGACUGAACUCUACAUUGGCUCAAAGGUCGAAUUCACACUAACCGUGGCGUUUCCCACGGGAACGACGGAAGGAGUCGUGGUAGAGAUUCUUCCGUCGACAAAUGUAACUGUCAUGGCGGUUGGUGCUGUAACCAUGAGCAGAGGAAGUAAUCUUGACAUUGAUCCCAACACAAAGAUGGUUUACCACCCAACAGAGGACACCAAAGAUAGUGCUUUCAAAAUCUAUACACGUGGCGUGUACAACUUUUCUGACGUGUAUAACUCCGGGACUUCCGGUACAGAUGCUGACAACAACCUUGUGAUUGACUACGAAGCGUUCGUGGUGUCGGUAGAUGAUGUGACAGAUGGUGCAACGCAUUGGGUCAGCGCGGGAAUAGAGUAUAACAACAGCUUCAAUGUCUGGAUAGGACAAGUGUCCUACACCAUGAAGACAUCAAAUCCCGCUGUAUCGAAGACACCCGAAUACAACUUAACCUCACAUGCCAGCGCCACUUCUCUCGCUAAAGGGGAACUAAUGACGGUUCUGUUUGAGGCGUGGUUGCCAUACCCUAGUCCAGACAUCGCGGCGGAGGCCAUCAAUCUCCACAGUGACUCCAACAAUAACGAUCUCCAGAUAGUGUCACUACACGUUAAGUCUGUAGGCAUAAACAUCGACGGAACAACAGAUGCACCACAGGUAAAUGUAGAGAAGAUGACGUCAGUUGGAGUUUUAUGUAAUAGUAGCUGGACUGGGUCAAGGCGUGUUCGAGUGGUCCUCCCCACAACCCUCACUAACAAAGAAUCACGAUCUACGGCUGUCGCCACAAGCACAGCAGACGAUAAAAUCGAAUUCGAGGCAGUGAUAUGGAUGACGACGGACGCAGUGGAAGGAGAUGUAUACCCCGUCGGGUUUGGUAUUGAGGUGGACACAGCGGAAGUGUGGGUCUUCUACUUCAAUCUUACGGCGGAUCCUCCCUCCGUAUCACCCACGCCGUCCAUGUCCAUGGCUAUCGGUGGUGUUAACAGCUCAGCUUGUGUCGGCGGAGUGACGGAUUUCAGCGUCAAUAUCACCACUGUAGAGAGCGGUCUCACCACGUUCUCCUUAACAGUCGAGGUCCUCGAAAAAACUGCCAGUAAACCAGCCGGAGUAAUGGUAGCCCACAUGGAUGUAUUGGAAAGUGGAGAAAACAUCCUCUGUAUGGAAACAAAUUUGACCAAAUCAAGCACCACCUCCAACACGGCGAUAGAAAAUUCUGCUAGCAUGUACUUUAACAUAAGCAAUUUUGGAACUAGGAGCCAUGUAGGGGGAAAUAACACAAUUACGGUGAAAGUGUAUUUGGUGCCGAUGCCAGGAUACUCGUUUGUUGGGGAUACCCAUAAAAUUAAAGUAGGAAUCAGUGGCCACACAACAGCAAAUGAUGAAAGUAAUGAGAUAAACAUCAUAUGUGAAAAUCCGCCAGAUACGCCAGUUGACUACACAUUCAGCUUUUACCACAACUGCACCAGAACAUGUUUGACGAGGGGAUCCGUGUUCGAAUUCAUUCUGGAUAUCACCACGGAACGGAACAAAAACCCGGGUCGUGUAAACCUGGAGCUGGCUGUGCCGACCAACGACUCGGAGUCUUUCUUUGUCCUCUGUGGCUACGAAGUUACGAAAAUCGGGUCCAACCUGAAAUGUGUGAACAACGAUACCAUUAAUGAAGCAACAAACAGCUCUGUCUUACCCGAUGGUACUUAUUCCAAAGUAGACGUAGUGUUCCCUGUGAUGUGCAAUCUGGGAAUCGUCAACGAUACAGAAGAAGAUAAAGUCCAGGUCCGACUGACCGUCAAAAUCCGGAAUGACACGAGCGUCGACUCCAGUAGAGACGAGUGGUUUGGACUGGGCUCGCGAUACAGCACUACUCAGGUCUGGGUGGGACAGUAUAAACUGUGCAUCCGGGCACCGGACUACUACGCAGACCUUGCCAGAGUGGAGGGGGUGGCUAUAGACCCCGCGGACUUAAUCGGGGCCUUUCCGGGAGUUCGAGGGAUCGAGUACAGCUUCGACGGCGUGGAGUUUAAGGACAAAUCGGUCAUAUUCACGGCGGAUGGUACCAAUGGUUCUGUAUACACUAUCGACAAACCCUUCAUCACCAAAUAUGUAGGAAUGACAAAUCAACCAACCCAGUCAUGCGAGAAAAGCUGUUUCGUCAACCAUGAGAUGGUGGUAACUAAACUUGAUGACUAUAUUGAGAUUUUUAACGAUGAUUCUGGGGAUAUAAAAUCCAAAAUCCCCUACGCACUGGACGGAGACAAUAGUACCUGCUUCGCACUUCCGGUACAAGGUGAUACUCCGCCUUUGUUCUGGACGCGGAUGAAUACAUCAGUGAUACUUGGAAUCAAUGCUACACAGUUUGAUAUCACUUUAACCGGAGAAGGAAUAGCAUGUGCUAAACACUCAAACAAUAGAGUUCUACAGGUGACUACACCUGCGUCUUUACAGGUUUCCUACCCAGAAUCCAGUUCUGUCGGCAAAUUCCAUGGCAACAUUCAAUUUUGCACUCUGGUGGUUAACGAUACAAGCAACCCCUCCUUCACCGCUUGCCAGUUCAGGUGCGCAUGCCCAGACCCCGCCCACUGCGAAGAAGUAAUCAUAUUUUUGGCCAAUGAAGAGAAUGGAACCACCUGGAAGCUGUGCGAAAUCUCGGCAACAAAUUUCUGAUCGCCUGUGUCCUAUGUCCUGACGUCCCUCCAUUACUUUGCCAGGAAACACGACUUCAAUGAUUCCUACACUUGUGGUUAUCAUAAUUCUGAGAUUAAAUUGCACAAUAUGAGACGUGUAUAAUGGACAGGUUACGAAGAAUCGCUAUAAACAACGACAUUUUGAGCUGUUACCAUUCCACAUCCUAUGUUUUAAAUACACUAUACUAUCUAUUGACAUGUGUUGUUGCUAACCUAUGGUGAUAAAUUAUGUAUAUAACGACAAUGCCAUUUUUUCUUAAGUAAAAUGGCGGAUUUUGUCUCUGAUGUUCGGAUGGCGAGUUUAAAAGUGAAUAUGUUCGUCCCUAACUCGCUAAAGACAGAAUCGUCUCGGGCCUAUCUAAACAUAAGAUGAAAUUAAAUAAGUACUGUGAGAUUGAUAAAAUUCCAGCGACAAUGUGAUCGGACGCCGCUAUAUUUUCUUACCUCCCUGUUUGAUUAUAUUCUUAUAUACUGAUAUUUAUUUAUAUUAUAAUGUUUGCUAUUUCUUGUAUACAGGUUUGUUACAUGUACAUUCGCUUUGACUUGAGCUGUGAUAAUAUUACUCAAUUUUGUUGAUCUUUUUAACAAGUGCGUUUUACAGAAUUUCUAACAGUACUGCUGACAGAUAAUUAUAUAGGUUGUAAAAUGUUUGUUAACUGAUGAUUUGCACCGCUGUACUAGUGACUGGUACGUACCCCCGUACAUGUGGAUACGUUUCUUGUGCAAGCCUAUAACGAUUCAAUAUGAUGUUUAAAAUGUUUUCUAUCUUAAUAUCACCAUUCAAUUUCUUUUCCAUAUAGCUGGUACUUAAUUAUUUCCUAUACCCAAAUUUUGUGUCUAAACAUGAAAACAGGCCUCUGUUUGUCAUCGGUUUCACUUGCCGUUAAUGCUUUGUCGUAAAACUGUUCACGCAUUCCAAGUGUAGCUUCAGUAUCAUAACAAUCCAUGUGACUAAGUAACUGUUCAUGCAAUCCAGUAGUAGAUUCAGUAUCAUAACAAUCGAUGUGAGAUUGAACGAUAGAUGGCGCUAUCAACGUAAACCUAAACCUUGUCUUCAGACUAAAGUUAAUAAGCGGGGAAAUUUUCUGUGAAAGUUUCACGCUUUUAAAUAACUAUCGCAGUUCAAUAUUAGUAUUCGGUGUUCCCGCAGCAAGAUUUCGACAUUUUAUUGCGCCUGUUAUUGAGAGUUAUAGGUACAAUACGAGGGUCGAUCAGACUGUCCGACAUGACAACUAAAACCGAACAUAUCGGAGAUAAGAGAAUCGUUAUGACGAAAUAGGACUUCUGGAUUGUAUACUGUCGUCACACAUUUCCGGUGCUUUACGAUACACGUGACUAUACUAAAGUACACGCGAAAAUCCAGCUCACAACACACUACUUUUCAAUUUUUUAUUUCUUAAAUUGAAAGAUAACUCUCAAAUAAUUGGCAUAAAAGGAAACACUGAAAUCAUAAGCAAUUGACCUCUCUAUGGAAAAACUGUCCGAACCGUUCUUGGUUUAUUCCGAGGCGGAAUAAGUCUCGCUACCGGAUGUGAAGAACAACAGCUGACUUGAUGUUGAGAGCUGAAAUAUGCGUUGAGUUCUUAAAACUAGAAGAAGAAAAAACCCAUUAUCUUCAUAUGUCUUAAAGUUUAGAUUAAGAAGCAGUGGACAUUCUUUUUAUUUUGAGGAAAGAGUAUAUUACCUCUUGAUUCGUGACAUUUUAUGUAUUGUAUAUUGUUAGUAUUUCACAACUAAACUUGUUUUAUAUUGUGUAUAAAAAUGCCGCCCAUUAGGAUUUUCGCGCAUACUUUUGGACAUAGCACGGUACUGUACAAUGCCGUUAUAACUACACAUGUACGCUUUUGGACAUAGCACGGUACCGUACAAUGCCGUUAUAACUACACAUGUACGCUUUUGGACAUGGCACGGUACCGUACAAUGCCGUUAUAACUACACAUGUACGCUUUUGGACAUGGCACGGUACCGUACAAUGCCGUUAUAACUACACAUGUACGCUUUUGGACAUGGCACGGUACCGUACAAUGCCGUUAUAACUACACAUGUACGCUUUUGGACAUGGCACGGUACCGUACAAUGCCUUUGUAACUACACAUGUACGCUUUUGGUCCCUGUGCUUGCAGCAUGGUCAGUGAUAGAAGAUACCGCGUAGAUGCCAAUAUUAACGAAUGGAUUUGUCUUUUAUCCCUAUCUUAGAUCGAAAUCAGCAUUAAGCGCCUGUAAUGCAAUAUGCUGUCUGUCUGUACAGUUUUAGUCCGGGUUAAGGGCUUUGGUUCAUAUUGUUUUUGGUACGGUAUUUGUUGAUCUGUGUAUAUAUAUAUACAUCCAGAAUUGUUUUCACAUGUUAGAAGAUCUCAGAUAAUUGCUUUUUAGAAGAUUCAUUGUAUAUCACGAUUGUAAACGAAAACAUACGGUGUGAUUUUUCAUAAUCAAUGAAAAUGUUUUAAUUUUAUGACGUCAUGAUGUACGUAUGAAGCUGUUGUGUCGUGUCAGUUAAUGAUGUUUUAUUGACCUGCUUUAUGCGAGUACUGUGUACUAAUUACGUGUCCAGAUUUGUGUACUUAAUUCCUCUUUAUACCGGUCAUUGUUAUUAUCGUUACAAUCCUCUCUAUUCUUGUAAAAACUUGCGAUAAAUUAAUUUUGUAUUUUCGUAAAAACAGCCAUAAAGCAAGUGUCCCUUAGUACUGCUUUCUUCUUUUUUAACCGUUUAAUAAUGUUGUUGUUGCUGUUAUUGAUGUUACAUGUUAAUUACUUUAAUAAAUUUCAGACUUUUUAA